AUGUCAUAUGCUGAUGACACAGCUCUGGUGUUCACAGUGAUAGCCACAGCUCACAACAUCACGUUUCUAGAGGUACCGAUGUACGGUGAUCCUCACCAAGAAGCGAACCUCGUCUGCCACUAUAUGAACGACCAGGGCGAUCCCGCACUACACUCCGUCAAGUGGUACAGAGGCAGCAACGAAAUAUUCAGGUUCACACCAGGACAACAGCCUCCGACAAGGACGUUUAACUCGACGGCAGGGGGCGUGUCCAGAGGCUCCUGCAACCUGAACAGCUGUGCCAUCAGCGUGAUACUCCCUAGAAAUUACAAUACUAAGCUCUCGUUCACUUGUGAAGUGUCCACCGAGGGUCCACGGUUUGCUGUAGUCAAGCAGACCAAGGAAUUAACAGUGGCUGUGACAUUGAAAGAAGAUCCGGUGAUAUCAGGAGUGCCGGGUACUGUACAGCUAGGUGAAGAUGUAUUGCUCAACUGUACUACAAAGCCAGCGAUGCCACCGGCCAACAUCGUCUGGUACAUCGACGGCAGACCUGAUAGGACGGACUUUGGUACGAGGAAUAAUAACACGCCAGUCUCAAACGCCAACGACUUCAACCUCCGAUCGAGUUGGCGAGCCAUCCGACUUCGAGUGGCCACCUCUAGAGGCUUCAUGGCCUUACGCUGUGAAGCCAUACAGCCAAUGCAACCCCCCUACAUAAGGGCUACGAAUGCGACCCUGGUAGUUGCGAGGUCGCCACAUUUAUCUAUGUUUACAGCCGCAGGUUCAAGCUCGACCAUGUUGGAAGCAACAGUACUGAUUCUCACGUUGUGCAUCUCAGUACAUAUAUUUUCUAAAUACAGUGCCUUGAGUGAAGUCUAAUCGAUGCUGUAGGUGUCAGCUUAAGUAUCGAGCGUUUAGUAUAGUUAGAUAUCCAUUCAAUCACUGCAAUGUUUACACGACAACACUACCAGGGGACUUGAGAAGCCAGUUCGAUAUGUUAAUACGAAGUUUUUCUAAAGAGGAAAAAAUGUCUGCCUGUAAAAGAGCAAGGUAUCAAUUGAUAAGGUUCCUGGAAUUUUAGAAGAAAACUUGCCGAUGAACUUAAAUGGGCCAUUCCUUUGAAUUUAGAGACGUACGGUAACUUUCCGAUACUGGGAAAUGAAUGAGGAAGCGUGCUAAAACUGAACAACUUCUUCAAUUUAAAACAGUUCAUUUAGACGUACAAACUUAAAAAUCUACAUUUUAAGCCAGGGAAGUAAUUCAGAAGAUGCCGUGGGUAGAAACGAAGCUCGGAAGUAAAAAAUGUAGAUUAGUUUCAGCAACAGUUGGCAAAACGUUCAGCUACUCUACUACUCAACAUUCUCAUUUUGACGUUUUCCAACAUCACUCUCCUAAGUUCCGCUGCUUGCCUGGUACCACUCCACAAACACGAGAAGUAAACUAAAAGCAGCUAUUAGAUGCGGAACUGAAGAAAUGUUAAGACUACCAUAAUAGCAUCAUUUGCAAAGAAAAAUCAACAAAAAAUAAAUUUUGCUUUAUAGAUAAUAAUAGUUCAAUGAAUUUACGGUAAAAUAAAGCGUCUCCCAUCUGUAUGAUAAAAUAAGCUACCGUGAAAUUGUGCGCUUUAUUUUUUAACAUAUCCGUUCAAUAUCAUAGCGUUUCACUCACAAACAAAGUAUCAAUAAAAUGACGUAUUAUAAAUAUGUAUGCAUGUUUAUGAAUGAAUACAUAUAUAUGACUAUACAUGUAUGUGACUAUGCCAGACAGCAUCAAAGAGUCCCCGUAUCAAUUGUAUCUUCGUAAAUACAUAACACGAACAAUCGUAGCAACAUUCAGUGAUCUUUUAUUUCUGUUCUCCGUUCAAUAUUUAUGAAAUCCUGGUACAUUGUACAAUCAAAUGUUAGUCUGUUUUGGCGUGUAAACAUUGCAAAUAUUACGUAGCUGUAUUUUAGUGGCGUAUGAUAAAGUUACAAAGUGGAUGUGAUAAUAUAAAAUAAUGUUAUUUUAUCCUUCCUAAGGAAUUCUAUGUAUUUUAAGUUCAAGUUUGUUGUUGUAAUAAAUAAACUUAUCCUAGAUUUUUACUCUUAAUUGAGUAUCAACCUAAAGUGAGAUACAAAAAUAGUGCUCAAAAAGAUCCCACAAAAUUAACGUUUGUGAAUUUAUCAGAUCUAGGUUUUGUUAAAACAUUUGAAUUGAAAAAAAUAAAUAAACAAAAACAUAAUUGUUAUGGAAUGGAGUACGCAACGAGUUAUUUAAACAAACUAUUCAAAAUAUUUGCUUUCAGUGAAACAUUGAGAUAAAUAAAUUGCGCAUUAUUAAAUUCCACAUUAAAUCCCAAAUGUUCAUUGGUAAUGUGGGAAUUUUACUUUGAAUUACAUGCACAUUUUGAAUGAAAUAAACAAAGAGCGCGUAAAAUAACUAUACAAGAAUAUCAGAAUACAUUACAAAGUACAAGGAGAAUAGAAAGCAGAAAGAAGUAAACAUGUAUUACAUUUGAAUGAAUUUGCUGUGUCCGCGACCCGCGUGCGUCUGUUGUCUGUUACAUUCUUUGAAAUGGCGCUGGGAAUUCGAGGCUCAAUCCAUUGUCAGGCCCAAUAAGCUUUUAGAGCUCUUUGACCGUGCCUGCCUACUGUUUUACUCGCAAUAACGCGCUGUUGUCUGUUAUCACGUUCAUAUUUGAUGUGAUAUGACUUUUCAUGGGGGUCCAUAUGGAAGUUUCCAAGUAAACGGCAGAGAUUGGAAGUUAGAAGUUUGUUUUCCUGUAAGGCAUCGCGUGGAAAUGUGGUUUAGAUAGGUGUUAAUGUGAAAAUAAUGCUCAGUAAUUUUGUAGAUAGGGUGGAAGUAUAUUAUUCUAAAUUGCAUUUUAUUUUUAACGAAUGCUGAAUAUUGUUUUCAAAGGCCAUUUAUUUGAUAAAAAUAAAAUACAGCU